CCCACAUAUACAUUUUCUUUAAUUGUACUUUAUAAAUUUUUCUCUUAAUCAAUUUAGAAACAUAGAGCAUUCUAAUUACAGUUAAAUUUUUAAUUAAGACUCCCUACUUAAAGUAGAAGGUUACGGUAAAAUUGGGGUAUAUUAGGAGUUUUCCAAUUAAUUAUUAACAAACCUUUACGUGUCCAAUAUUGGGGACUAAACAGAUACGUACACGCACUAGUGUUUUUCAAGCAGUGAAGAUGGCCGCACAGAUGUAUAUGGAAAUGGGAGACGACAUCAAAAUGCCUUCGAUAGGUUAUGGCACAUUUCUAUGCAACGAUGAGCAAGAGCUCGAAACUGCACUAAACGCAGCUUUAGAAGUAGGAUACCGUCAUGUAGACACUGCCUUAUUUUACGCGAAUGAACACAUAGUAGGUAAAGUAGUUAAAGAAUGGAUUGAUGCUGAAAAAUUAACACGUGAAGACAUAUUUAUCACCACGAAAUUACCUAUUUUCGGUGUUCACGAAGAUUUAGUUGAAGAAUUCAUCGUAAAAUCAUUAGAAAAUCUUGGAUUGGAUUACAUCGAUUUAUAUUUGAUUCACUUUCCUGUUCAUAUGAAUUACGAUGAAGGAUUGGAUAACCCAAAGUUUUUAAAAACAGAUCAUAUUGCUGUCUGGAAGAAAAUGGAAGAACAGGUGGAUGAAGGCAGAACAAAAACGAUUGGCCUAUCAAAUUUUAAUAUUGAACAAGUAGAUAGAAUCGUCCAAGACGCUAGGAUCAAACCAUCUUGUUUACAAAUCGAAAACCAUAUUUACUUGCAGCAACGCGAAUUGGUCAAAUAUUGUCAAGAUAAUGGAAUAGUUGUGGUGGGCUAUUCGACAUUAGGUUCACCGGGCUAUAACAGCUUUUACGCCUCUAUCGGAAAACCAACGAGAGACUUGCCGAACUUGUUUCAAGAUCCAAUUGUGGUUAUUCUGGCAGAAAAAUAUGAGAAAACUGCUGCACAAAUUCUCUUAAGAUUUCAGUUGCAAAGAGAUAUAGUGGUGAUACCGAAAAGUGUUAAUUUAACUAGAAUUGAAGAAAAUUUCAACAUAUUUGAUUUUUCUAUAAAUGAAGAGGAUAUGAGUAAAUUGGAGGCGUUGGAUGUUGGAGAAGCUGCCAGAAUUGUGGAUUUUGGAGCGUUGUCACCAAAAUUAUUGGAGCAACCAGAAUGGCCGUGGCCUACAUUUAACAAAGCUUCUGAGUAGGUACCUAAUGGCAAAAUUAAAGGUUCUCUUAAAUUUUGCUGAAUUUACUUGUUUAUUAUGUAGACAUAUCAAUAUCAAUAAAAAAACAAUUUGUUUUAGAUUAUUUUUAAAUACCAAAAUCAAAUUGAACCAAAAAAAAUUGUGUAUCAAAAAAUUUUAAAUUUUCAUAAUUUGAUUGAUUUUCUUUUAAAAUAAAAUAAUAACCAAUGGGCCAUAUGAUAAGUCAAAUUUUCAGGACCUUUUUGUGCAUAUUAUUCCGAUGCUGUUCGUAACUUUAUACACUUAAGGUGGUUCAGUCGUAAAAGGGCCUUUCUUAAGAAUACAAUAAAAUUAAAAUAUAAGGUUAAUGAAAGUGUCGUUUACGUAACUAAAAAAAAAAAUAAAAAUUUUUGACCGUCUGUGAAACGAGAUAUUAACAAUCAAAAUGUGCAUAAUUAACACUCUUGAAGCCUGUCCUGUACACAAGCAAUGGAUUUAUUUCAAGACAUCUCGAA